GUGAAUCCACUACGCAACAAAAACAACAGCAAUUUGUGCUUAUUCUGUUAACACUUGGAUUGAAUUUAUCCUCAGUUAAACAGCAUAAGAAGUCAACUAUUGUUAAUGCUAAUACUACUACCAAUCAUGGUAAUAGUAGUAUUAAUUCAUCACAUCAAAUAUUUUCAAGCUUUCCAAUCAUCUAUCAAUUUGGUCGUACACGAAUUCACUUGACAAAGUGUCAAUUUCAACAUUUAAUUAAAUUAAAGCAAUUUAUGUUAAAUAUGAAAGCAAAAGUGAUACAACGAUUUUUCAAAAGAUGUUUAAAGCGUAAAUUAGCGGCUAAACGAAUUCAACGCUGGUGGAGAAGUGUACUGGCCAAUCGUCAACUUGCAUUAGAGCAAUAUUCAACUGCCUUACCAAUACCAUUGUUAGGUGAACAAGAGAUUCAAGAAGUUGAGAUUAAUCGUCAUCCAACAUCAUCCCCUUGUCUUCAUACAGUAUCUGAAUCGAUCGAUUUACCAACUCGUCGAGAGCAUAUUAUUUCACGUCGUUAUUUACCACGAUCGACGAGUAAUCGUCAUCAUCCUAAUAAUAGUGAGACAACAUUUUAUAGUCAAUACAACAAUACUACUACCAUGAAUGGUAGUAGUAGCUAUAGAAAUUUAAAAAAACAAUCUAACCUUCUUAAUUAUUUAAUACCUUUUUGUUAUAAAAGUCAUUUUCUUAGAUUUUAUGAAACCCUUGAAUCUGUUAAAGGCCUAUUAGAUAUCAUAUAUGAUCAAUAA